CCGUCCGUCCGUCCGUCUCUCUCUCUCUCUCUCCGUUCGAGAAAGAGAGCAACGAGAAAAGUCGAAACGUAGCUACAUUCGCAAAUAUCCCUAUACAUAUUUACCCGUAAAUACGUAAACAACGGCGGCCGCGAUACAUCCGUUACGUUCUUUUUCCACGCACGGCCCGAUAAGUGGAUUUUAAAAAAGGAUAAAUAUUUAAAAAUUGUUAGCCGAUACUCGGCCAAAAAUCGUUAUUAUCAUCAUCUCACGCUAGCGUUUUCAAAAAUGCUGCGUUAUUUUUUAUUCGUCCAUUAUUUCGUACUCCGUAAAUAACGGAGGGAAAAACUGGGAAAGCGAGAUAUUGCAACGAAAGCUGCUGCUACGCCGUUUCUCACGAUAUAUUAAUUCACGCGGGCUAUUGUGUUUGAUGAAAUCAUACGUGAAAUUUUUUUACAUCCCUUUGUUACUUUUAUCUAUCUAUUUUUCUUCUUUAUUUUUUCAAAAGCAACGAUCUAUCCGAGAUGUCAGAUUAUUCGACGAUUACAUUCGACGAAAUCGAAUCAACGAAGAGCAAUUCUCGUCUCGUUCUAGCUAAUUCUCCAAAUCUCUCUCGCGCGGAAUUGAGAUCGCACGCCAUCUGGUUUGCAUUUCGAACCCCUAUGCAAAUAGCCGGUGUCGCGUGUCGUUUCAGAUAUCGGGUUCAAAACACCGGAUUGUUCGUUAAUUUGCUGCAACGUACCAGUGUUUAUUAGCCAUAAAACUUAUCAGCGGUUGAUCGUCUCAACCGAGCUUAUUUCUUCUUUUAUUUUUCCCUCUCUCUCUCUCUCUCCUUCUCCCGCUUUCCUUUUCCCGCCCAGAUAAGAAGGCAACCAUUCCGUCAUUGUAAUAACGCUCGCCUCGCGUAUCGUGCCUCUCUUUCUUCUCCCUUUUUCGUUCUCUUUUCGGGCGGAUCAAUUUCCAGUCCGACUGGUUUCAACCGAGGAAAAGAAACUGCGCAAAAAAAGAAGCUGCCGGCCGAUCGAUAUUCGCCGCCGCGCCGCACUCGAAAGAGUUUUUUUUUUAAUCCAACCGACGAGACAAGAUCGCGACGAAAAUCAGCGGAUUUUUAAUCGGUCGAUAAAGCAGUCUCUCGUUUCGUUAACCGCUUUCACGGGUUAAAAGCGAGCUCGUUCGAGUUUGAUCGAUGCUUGGAUUUUUUUUAAGAUUUUUGCGAUUACAUCGUGGUCUGGUUUCGACAUGUUCUCGAGGGGAUCGUGAAAAGGGAACGAAACCGAAGGAACGGAACGGAAUGGGAAAAAUCGAGGAAUUUCGAGGGAUGGGUAAAAAUUCGAAUGGAAGAUUUGUUAUUAGAUAUAAUGGAUAAAAUUUGGCGUGUCAACAUCAAUACAUUUAUACAUUUUAUUAUUCACAAGCGUUUAUUUGCGUUUCCAUAGCAUAGUAACAAUUUUCAAUAUAUUCGAUAUCCCCGAAUUGGACGGGAUAUUUCCACCUCUGUCGUCGUAUAUUCCCGAUUCUCUUUCUCUCCGUUGAAGGAAUUACACUCAAUUUAGUCGAAUAUAUUUUUCCAGAUGUUUUUAAAAACAACAACGAGCUAACAAUUUUAUACGAUAUCUUAAAUUGAAUGCGAUUUCAAUUUUCGGUUUUAUAUUAAAAAAAAAAAAAUAAUUAACCAAUCUGGUGAUUUCUCUUAUAUAAAUAACUCUUCAGGGUUAUACGAUUUUUAAAACGACAAAUUAGAAGGGCGCACGCGAGGCUCGUUUUGAUAACAGGUCGUAACGACGUGUCCGCGUAUCAACACUCCGACCCUAACCCUUUAUUCCUGACAGAAACUAAUUUGCACGUAACGUUGCACGACGAAUCUUAUCGAGCCGCGAGUAUAAAAGGGUGAUUAACUUUUCUUGCCUCACGACUUAAAUUGCAACACCGCGUGCCAUAAACAACAACAAUGUCGGUCAACGCGCGUCGAGCCAUUUCACGUUUGGCGUUCGAAGUUGUCGCGAGUGUCUUUUUAUAUUUAAACGCACGCGCAACUAAUAUUAUUUUGCAAGACGUUUAAUACGAAUAAUUAUUACCGAGCGAUCGUUGAACGAGAAAGAUUUAUUGUCACAAAGUAUAAUAAUAAAUCGUAAAAUAACGCUUUUAUCACGAUUUAUAAAUAAACACAUAUUUCAAAUCAUUAACUUGUUAGAAUGAUCGAUCUUCGUGUGGUGUGUUUAGAAGCAUGUUGACACAACGUUUAGAGGAAGUAAAAUUACUAUUUAAAACAAUCUAUCAAAUCACUUUUUCAAAGCUUUCACUGUCGGUAACAACGCUUAAUAUUCGUUUUGUCGGUAUUUUUAAUGAUACUUUUCUAAUAUUUUUCAAGAAAAUGCGACUAAGAAAAUUAGUAAAUAUUUAUCGCGUGUAGCCCGAUCACAUCUCUUACGAUCCUUGUACCACGUCUCUCACACGAUAUUGUAAAUUUUCUUAAAAUUGAUUGCACGGUGUAGCUCUAUCUGUCCAAUCGAAUAGGCGGAACGGGAGAUCGUUCGAUAUUCGAGUCGAUCUUCUCUCGUGGUCGCGCUCGUCGACUUUAACGUCGUCCACUCUUGAAAAAUUGAAACGAACUUUUCGAUACCAGAUGGCUGCUCGAGCGCACCUGCUACAAAUUCUCAAGGUCCUUGACGGUGUCGCGCGGAUCGGGCGAAACGUAAACAACUCAUCGGUAUUAACUCGACGCCUCGUAAACUGUUUGUCGACCGAGGGUAACUUUGCUCAACUAUUGUUCCAAGCUUGACAACGGUGUUUGAAAUGUUCCGCGAUGAUACGUACCUGAUAACCGAUAUAUCGAUAUUUUGAGAUCGAAUUUGAAACAUUUGGAAUAACAAUCAAGAUUCAUCCGGCGAUAAAAUUGUAAUUCGAAAAAUAUUUUUUGUCUUUAUAAUAACUUCGUUCAAUACGUAACAAUGAAUAAUCGUAGUUGGGAAACGGCCGAGAUUAUAGAGGAUCGAUAUUCGUUGAAUAAAUGUUAUUUCGACGAGUGAUUACUUAAAGUAUCGCUUUAUUCGAAAUUUUUUAAUUUAGUUACUAUUUCAACGAGUUAAUUGCCCAAAUUUUAUCCGAGAUCGGUUUUACUACCUUAUUUUUCCAAACAUUUUCAUUUCAUCUUCUCUCUCUUUCUUUUUUUCUUUUUUAUAAAUAUAUCGAAAUAACAAGCGGAGAUUAAACGAUUUUUCUUUUUUCUUCUUUUUAAUCAAUCUUCCAUUAUUAAUCAUAUAUUUUUUUCCGGAGCAAAAAGCCCAAUGCUCCCCCCUCAAUAUUCUUAUUACGCGAUGAAAACGGGCGCUGGAAACAGCGAUCGAUCGCGGGGGGGGGAAUAACGAUGCGAAUUCAGACGCGAUAGUCGAAAAGGCUGUUUUGAAUUUCGAUUAAUUGCGGGGAACUGCGCAGAGGCGCCAGUGUGUGUUGGUAACGCAUCGGCGCGAUCGCGUCCAACUUCUGUUGCCGCUAAUUAUCGUUGAUUGUCAGCCGCCGAUAAUUACCAUUAAACCGGUAUCCCGCGCCCCGUUUUCAUCGCUAUUUCGAAACGCUCGUUCGGUCGUGCGAACAAAGCGUCACGACAAAUUUGCACUUUUCCGUUUAAUCACGAUCCGUUUCACCUUUUUUCACGUCGACCGACGUCGUGUCCGCCGUACGGGCCAAGAUUUCGUAAAUAUUUUCACGCUGUUCCGUUCCCGGCCGAGCGCGAUCAAUUUUUUCCCCCACUCCUUCCUUCUAUCUCUAUCUCUCUCACUCACUCUCUUCCCCCACCCGUCCGCAACGUUUCGCGUCGCACGACGCGCCCGAACGCACGAAUGAAGUUAAGUACGGUUCGUUGGUCGAAACAAACGAACGUCCGCCCAAACGAUAUUUCCACUAUCUAGCGAAUAAAUAAAUUCUCCGUGUUCCGGCGACCAACGCAACCUCGAUAUAUAUAUAUAUAUAUUUUUUUUUUUUUUGAACGAUUCUUGACCCCCGCAAAAUUUCAAGUUUCUUCAUUCACGCGCGACUCUUCCCCCCCUCCCCUCCCCCCUCCCCUCAUCAUCCGCGGACUCGGAUUCAAUUCCGGAUAACCGGCAAGCGCGAGUUACCGUUAUCUCGUCACCGUCUCGUGCCAUUGGUUGAGACGAGAUGAGCCGAAAAAUAAGGCCGAGGAUCGGGAGAAGGUCGGGGAACAGAAAGGGGCGAAAAGUGUUGCCUACGAAAAUCGCGGCGUUGGUAGUCUCCGCUAUACAGGAUCUACGGGAGACGAAGGGGUCGACGCCCAGCAAAAUUAUCGGUUAUAUCAGUUACGUGUCUGAAAUGAACGAUGAUAAGGUUAAACGGCAAGUGAAGGCAGUUCUGAAGAGGGGAUUGGAAUACGGGAUACUGAGAAAAUACAGGAGGCAGUAUUAUCUGCCGACUAGCAACGAGUUGAACCGCGCCAAUCGGAUCGCGUUGAGAUUCGCCAAAUUGCCCCUGCCUUCCGCGUAUCAGACGAAAUCGCGAAGCGUGUACUCUACGUUGAGAAGCAGAAGGAGGAGAAAUUCGAGGAGGUCCGAAAUCGUGAAAUCGUCGCGAAAGCCGAGGCAGCUGGUCGACGUUUCGUCCACGUUGAUCUCGCCCACCGUCAGCCUGGCCAAUACGAUUUGCAACGUUGACGACCUGUGAACGAUCCCGUGGCUCGAGGGAAGGGAAGAAGAAAAAGAGAUCCCGCGUUGCCCGCGUACGAAAUCAAAAUUGAACGCUUGUCGGCCGGUGAAUAAUCGGUUGUGAAAAAAAUUCUCGUGCGUUGACGAUUAUUGAAAAAAAAAAGAAGUGAUCGUAAAAAAAAAAGAAAAAAAAAAAAAAAGAGUCCGUUUUAAUAAUAUACUCGUCUCGUGUAACAAUGAACGAAUUGUAAUUAAUGACAAGAGGAAAAAAUAUUGUGAAACGCAGAAAUUGUUGUAUCUAACCUUGAUAUAUAUAUAAAUAUAUAUAUCGAGUACAUAAUACUUUUUGUCUCUCGAACGAGAAAUCGCAGAGUUGUAAUAAAUAAAAUAAAUAAAAUAAUAUAGUAAUAAAUAAAAUAUACUCGCCA